AUGCCACUCCGCGCACCAGGCAGCGAGCUAAAUGGGCGGCCCGGAUCCAAAUUGGUACCCUGCCGUUGCCCACUGUUCUCAUCUGCAGCCUGA